AUGGCAGAGCCAAACAAAAGUAACAUACGCGAGACGCAUUUGCCAAAGGCUGAAGAAAAGCUAAGGCUUGCUGCAGAUGCUGUAUCAUCCUCUGUCAUCACUCCACCUGAUUUGGAACAGCCAAACACAGAACGAAGUAGGUUGGAAGAUAUCAAGGCCUCAGACCGCGGAUCCAGACCACCUGCGACUGUAGGAGCACAUUCUGUAACUCCAGGAAACUCCUCUUCCGCAUCCUCCAGAUUGGAAGAGAUCAAGAAGGCAUCUGCCUCUUCAGGAGACCGCAGAUCCAGACAACCAGCAGCAGCUGUAGGUGCACAUUCUGUAGCAUCCGGAGAUGAUUCCUCCGCCGCCGCUGCCGCCGCAUCCUCCAGGUUGGGAGUUAUCAAGGGAUCCGCCUCUUCCGGAGAAAAGGGCCGAGGAUCCCGUGGAUCCAGACCGCCAGCAGCUCCCGGAGCACAGUCUGUAUCAUCGGGAGACUCCUCCACCAUAUCCUCCAGACCACGGCGCAACAAGGAGAAGCUGCAACAAGAUCAACAAGGGAGUGGUGAUCAAACGAAACCCACUGACGAACAAAAGGUGCAGCUCGGAGAACCAGAUGAAGAAGUUGGACUUCAGAACACUAAUGACAAUGAAAAACCGGAAGGAAACGAAACUCUAUUGGAAGCCGAAGUGGCACCCGAUGUGGAAGAGCUUGUUCAGCAACGUCUGCAAGAGGAGCGACAGAAUCAGCAACAAAACGACGAAGGCCAUGUCAUAAUGGCAAUGGUAGCUGUUGAAGAAGAACCCCGCAGCGAGAAUAAAUGGAAGAAAAGUACCCAGCUUCUGAUAUUGGCCAUUGUCUUUGUGGCAGGUGUGGUCGCGGCAGCUGUGGUGUUGAGUAAGGAGGAUGAUCCAGAUCCAGUCAUUCUCACAGAUACGCCAACUCCGAGCAUGGCUCCUACAUCUCCGAUGCCAACUCUACCUCGAUUGCAACAAAUUCAAACCAGCCUCGCCAACAAGAUUGGUGAUGACUAUCGCAAUGACGAAAUCAUGGUAUGGAUGAUUGAACUGGACGCUUGGUCUCCACCUGCCAGUGCUUCUGAUCCAGGCAGUCUCUGGACUGAACGAUAUUCCAUGGCCAAUAUUUACUUCAACACCAAUGGAGCAAGUUGGACUUUUGGCAAUGACUGGUUAUCACCGAAUUCGGUAUGCGAUUGGGGCUGCUGCGAUCCAAGCUUUGAACUGGUAGUCUGUGACGAAAAUGGAAGAGUAGUAACCCUCAACUUGGAGCAGAAAGAAUUGGAAGGAUCGCUUCCGAUUGAUGUUUUUGAUGGCAUGACGGCAAUGACAUCCCUGUCCAUAAACGACAACCGUCUUGGCGGCUCGUUUCCUCGAUUUCCGCCAAAUCUUGAAUUUGUAGGAAUCUACAAUAACAAAUUCAGCGGCAGCAUCGGAAAAGACUUCUUCACUGGCUUGACCAAGUUGGCGUCUUUGGGGAUGAGCAACAAUGCCAUUACUGGAGAGGUGCCACUGUUACCGCCCAACGUUGAAUCUUGUUGGCUGAACAACAACAAGUUCUCAGGAACCAUUGCCAGAGACUUCUUUGCAUCUUUUACCAAACUCACCCAUAUGACGUUUACAAACAACGAGCUCUCUGGAUUUCUGCCCAACCUUCCACCCAAUUUGAUUCGUGGAUGGUUGAAUGUGAAUGACUUCUCCGGUAGCCUUGCCGCUGAUUACUUUACUGGCUUGACGGCCUUGACACACAUCGCACUGGGUGACAACAUGCUAUCAGGGUCAAUUCCAAUAUUACCAGAUCAAGUCUUGAAUUCCAAGGCAUGUUGGUUUGAUGGCAAUUGCUUUACGGAUGUUUCCAAUGCUCAAUCAGUGUGUGGAACAUCGGGCAAUAGAGACUGCAACGCCACUCCUUCUCCGACAAUUGCAGUCACUUCUUCUCCGACAGCUCCAAUCACUAUGUCUCCAACAAUUGAUAUCACUCCCUCUCCGACAAUUCCAAGCACCCCGUCUAUGUCGGGUCAAAUCACUCCGUCUCCUACAAUUCAAAACAGUUCUUCUCCGACAAUUCAAGUAUCUUCUCCUCCGUCAGGUCAAAUCAGUUCUUCUCCGACAGUUCAAAGCACUCAGUCUCCGAUAGCGGAUUGA